AUGGCGGUGCUUUUAAAUUUAUCUUUUUAUGAAAAUUUAUUACUCGGUUUGCCGAAUGUUUUGGAAAAUGUUCCUCGUAUAAGAAAUGUAAUAAUUUACAAAAAACAAGCAUGUGAACGUUUGUUAUUAAAUUCCUGGGAGCAAAGACAUUGCUGCAUUUUGCCUCAAGAUUUAAAAGAAUUCUACUUGUCGACUGAUGGAUUGAAAUUAGUCUGGAGCUAUGAGUACUCACCUCAAGACUUGCGAGAGGUUGGGUAUAUGCAUAUACGUUCCAUCACCGAAUUUGUACAAUUAUCUACUUUAAAAGACGAGUUGGAGCAAAAUCCAGUUGAAGAUGCCCCGAGGAUUGGACAAAAGUCCAGGAUAAUAGAGUUUGAUAACAUUGAUAAUCUUGCCAAGGUGUUGAUGAUAUAUGAAGAGUCUGAAAAAACUCCUAAAUUCUGGUUACUGGAUUUGCCAUCCGAGCACAACAACAACAAACAGCAGUGGACGUUAUUGGCAAAUUCUUUCUCGCAGUAUCUUCGAAUGAGUAUUGCUCAUCUGGGUUUACCACAGUGGCAAUUGUGUUUUUCGAAACAAGGAAUGCUACCAUGGGCAGAGCAAUUGUUUAUGCUGAUUGCUCCACACUUGCUGCUACCUGAACCUGGUCACGUGGUCAUACCUGCUCCUGAUGUAACAGAAAAUAUAAUCGAUGAAAGUAUUUUCAAACCAAAACCAAGAGUCAGCAAACCGACAUUCAGAACUAAUUGA